AUGACGACAUGCAGCUCAGCAUCUGACGUGUGUGAAACUCUGCUGGAAUCGCACAAUCUAUUUUGGCUCAAUUUCACAAGCUACACCAGACAGUGCAUGGCUGCAGGGACGUGUCCCAAAAGUGUGUCCCUCAAUUACGGGUAUGGAAGUGUCACCAGGCUUUCAGAGUGCUGCAACUCAUCUCUAUGCAACAAUAAUGCAGUUUCCAUAUCCAGUGAUCCUAAUGGGCUGAUUUGCUGUGCUGGAAGUGAUGGUAUGUGUCAAACAACAGUGAGCUGCACGGGUAUUCAGGACCACUGCUUUGUAUCAGAUGAUGGCUCUCUUGUAUACCAGGGCUGCACCUCAGGAAGUGUCUGUGAAGAUCCGUCCAACUUAAGAAGUCUCUUCCAAAUAUCUCUGACUUCUCCGCUUCACUGUUGUCAAGAAAAUCUCUGCAAUAACCUCAAUUCAACUCUCAUUUGUAACGAGUGUCUUUCUCCCUUCCCGUGGGUGAACUGUGUGAACAGAAUUGCAUCGUGUGGCUCUCAGGCCGCUGCCUGUGCCACGGUGGAGCAGUCGUUUAGCGCAGAUUUUCUUUCUAACAGCACCACUCAGCAAUACUGCACAGUCCCUGCCAUCUGCAAUACCAGCGUGUCUGUCAGGGACGGAGCAGGAAGCUACACAUGGAACGUGCAGUGCUGCGCCUCAAAUCUGUGCAACACGGGGAGCGCUAACGUGUCCCUCGAGCCAAACGGGCUGGUGUGCUGCUCAGGAAAUGACGGCACCUGCCAGGCGACGGUGACUUGCACGGGCAGCCAGAACUAUUGCUUCAUGUCAGGUGAUGGAUCAGUUAGCUACCAGGGAUGUGCUUCACUAAACGUGUGUGAGAAUCCUGCAAAUGUGUCCUCCAUCUUGGCAAUUUCUGUCCCUUCACAGAUUCUCUGCUGCCAAGGAAGCUUCUGCAACAAAGCCAGCUCUAUCUCUAUCUGUAAUGAGUGUUACUCUCCAUAUUCCUGGUACACUUGUCUGAGCAGCCUUAUCACCUGCACCUCCCCAAACUCCUCCUGCUCAAGUGACGUCAAGUCAUUCUCAGUUGGAUACGGUUACCCCUCUUUCCGGAGACAAUGUGCAGCCCCAGCGAAUUGCAACAUCAGUGCAUCCGUUAACUAUGGAUUAGGGAGCAACAGCUGGACUUCACAGUGCUGCCAAUCCGACGUUUGCAACACUCAACCAGUUUUCAUAUCCAGUGACCCGAAUGGACAGGUCUGCUGCCAAGGAAGUGACCCUUCCUGCUCAAGUUUGGUCACCUGUACAGGUGAUCAGGCCUACUGCUUCACAUCAGGCGCUGCUGGAAACCUUCUUCUUGGAUGUGCUACGAAAUACGUCUGUGACAAUCCAGAUAUGGCAGCUACCAACCUGCAAGUGCCGCUCAGCUCCCAAACGAGCUGCUGCCAGGGCAAUGUGUGCAAUAAAGCCGGUGGAACAUUAAUUUGUUAUGACUGCUCCUCUUCAUUUUAUUGGGAUACCUGCCAGUCGGUACACGCAUGUGACCCUCAAGACUCAUCCUGUGCCGUGGGCUACUUCUUGUAUGGAUCAACUUUCUACUCCUUUGUAAACACCUGGAGAUCCUGUCUUCCCUCAGCGUACUGCGAUUUGAGCGCCUCUAUCAGUUAUGACUAUGGAAGCAGAACAUGGGUUUCUCAGUGUUGCAGCUCUGAUGUGUGCAACACUAAUUACGUUCUGAUCAUUGGCAGCGAGCCGAAUGGGCUGAUGUGCUGCACAGGAAGGGACGGCUCCUGCCAGGCCGUCGUAAUGUGCUCCAACUUUCAGGACUACUGCUUUAGAUCAGGUGCCGGUGUAAAUACCACCAUGGGAUGUGCGUCAGGAAGCGUCUGUGAGGACCCGGUGGGAUUGAGCACCUAUCUAAAUGUUGCCCUCACGUCUCAGAUGUCCUGCUGCCAAGGCACUGCCUGUAACAAGCCUGCCAAUUCAUCUUUGAUUUGCUUCACAUGUGACUCUGAGUAUUGUGAGGGGACCCAGAUCGCCUUGUGUCCUUCCAAUACAUCGACUUGUGCAACGGCGGUGCAGUCAUCGAAUGCAAACUUGAACAUGUUGAGCUCAUUUCACAAAUCCUGCUCCACCCCAGAGACCUGCGGCUGGAAUAUUUCCAUUAAUUACGGAUAUGGGAGCAACAGCUGGAUCUCUCAGUGCUGCAACUCUGAUCUGUGCAACAAUGGGAGAGUUGACGUGCCUGUUGGUGCCAAUGGCCUGCUGUGCUGUGCUGGAAGUGACCCCACCUGUCAGAAUGUGGUGCCGUGCUCAGGGAUCGAGGACCACUGCUUUACGUCAGAUAAUGGGCUGAGUGUCUUCAAGGGGUGUGCUUCACAAAAUGUCUGUGAAAAUCCUGGAAGUGCCUUCACCUUCCUGCAACUUCCCCUCGGGGCUCAGAUUAGCUGCUGUCAGGGGAACUUGUGCAACAAUCCCACUUCUGCUUUGGUUUGUAAUGACUGCACGUCGUCCGUCUCCUGGGACUCCUGCCAAAACUCCCCGAGUCAGUGUAGCCUGCAGAACUCGUCAUGCGCAACAAUCGUGGAAGUGGACACGUUGGAUGUCUUCACCUUCAGCACUUUUCAGAGAGGUUGUGUCACGCCAGAGAGAUGCAAUGUCAGCCUGAUGAUAAACUCUGGGUUAGUGAGUAAAACGAGGAUAUCGAGGUGCUGUGACUCUGAUCAGUGCAACAACGCAACAGUGAAUGUUUCCAGCGAACCCAACAGUCUGAUGUGCUGUGCUGGAAGCACCGGGAUUUGUGAUAGCAUCGUGAACUGCAGUGGAAUUCAGGACAACUGCUUCACUGCAGGUGAUGGACAGACUCUUCUCAGUGGCUGUACUUCUGCAAACCUCUGUGACAAUCCUCUGACUGUUGCUGCAUUCCUGGGAAAUGCGUCCAUAUCUCAGAUCAGCUGCUGCCAAGGAAAUCUCUGCAAUAAACCCAGCUCCAUUAUCACUUGCAACAGUUGUUUUUCCUCCACUUCCUGGGAAUCUUGCACAAGCGUGCCUACUGCGUGUAUUUCUCCGAAUUCCACAUGUGGAACUGUGGCGUCAGUUGAUGCAAGUUUGGGGACGUAUACUUUUUCAGAGAGCUGCUUGUCAGUCGAGAAAUGCAACAUCACUGCUUCAGUCAAUUAUGGUGGCAACAGUUCAGUGUGGACUACAGAGUGCUGUGGCACCGAUCUGUGCAAUGCUCAGCCAGUUAACAUAUCCAGUGAUCUGAAUGGCUUUGUGUGCUGUGCCGGGACCAAUGGAAGUUGUCAGAGUACAGUCAACUGCACCGGCGUCCAGGACUUCUGCUUCACAUCUGUUACUGACCUGGGCAUCUACAUGGGCUGUGCCUCUCAAAACGUCUGUCAGAAUCCUGGAGCUUUUAAUCUGGGACUUCCUACAGGUAUACAGAUGACCUGCUGCCAAGGGAGCUUCUGUAACAUGCCAGUCACCUCCUUAUUAACUUGUCACAGCUGCUAUUCUCGUGACUCCUGGGAGGCCUGUGACAACAGCAGCUCACUGUGCAGUGGCAGUGAUACGGUCUGCACCACGGUCCUGUCUUCCCACGCGUCAAAUCAGUCCGCUAGCACCGUGUUUUCAAGGUAUUGCACAAACCCGAUGGAUUGCGAUUUGAAUGUGUCCGUCAACACUGGAAGUGAUCGUUACACGUGGACAUCACGGUGCUGCAAUGCUGACAUGUGCAACACUGAAACAGUCAGUGUACCCAGUGACCCCAAUGGUCUGAGGUGCUGCGGAGGAUCGAACAGGACUUGUGAGACCAUCGUGGACUGCCUGGGAGAUGAGGACCACUGCUUCAUUUCAGUCACGGGUUCCAAUGUUUACAUGGGAUGCUCUUCAGCAAGUGUGUGCCAGAACCCUGCAUCUGCUUUUACCAAUCUGGGACUGCCAGUGAGCUCACAGAUCAGCUGCUGUCUAGGAGGUCUCUGCAAUAAUCACAAUACAAGUUUAACAUGUUACAACUGCCUUUCUGACCAAUCGUGCAUGGCAACUCUGUGUCUAGGAGCAAAUGAGGUGUGUGCGACAAGAAUAUCGAGAUUUACCACAGGUCUGAAUUCCACGACAAUGGUUAAUAGAUUCUGCGCGACGCCAGACAUGUGUAACGUGAAUGUGUCUGCCACGUUUUCCAACUUAGGCAGUGCCAACAGUGUGCAGUGCUGCAACUCCGACCUGUGUAACACUGGAGAUGUAAUUCCCGUUUAUCCCAAUGGUUUGGUUUGCUGCUUGGAUUUGACCUGCCAGAACACGGUGACCUGCAUGGGCUCGGAGGACCACUGCGUGUUAUCAGAUCGAGGACUUUAUGUGCUACUGGGAUGUGCUUCAGCAGAUUAUUGUUCUUCUAUGUUUUGCUGUCAAAGUAGUCUCUGUAAUCAUCCUGCCUCCCGUCUGACUUGUAACAGUUGCUCUUCUUCUGAUUCCUGGGAUUUGUGUAGCAGCAGCGGUGCCAACAUGACAUGCCAGUCUUCCAGUAUGGAAUGCUCAUCAAGUCUCCAGUUGUCCACUUUUGGUGUCUACAGCUCCAGCAUUUUGACUAGAAACUGCAUGAGCCCACAGACUUGUAAUGUGAAUUCUUCCGUUAACUACGGAUUUGGGAACACCAUGUGGAUUUCACAGUGCUGCAACACUUCACUGUGCAACAAUGAGAACGUGAACACAUCGAUGGAUGCCAAUGGCCUGGUGUGCUGUGCCGGGGAUAAUGGGAUUUGCACAAACGUCAUCAACUGCACAGGAAUACAAGACCAUUGCUUCACAGCAGACAAUGGGAUGAACACGUUUCUGGGCUGCUCUUCAAGUGAAGUCUGUGAGAAUCCAGCCAAAGCCAACUUAAUUACCGGGAUUUUCCUUCCUUCGCAAAUGAACUGCUGCCAGGGAAGACUGUGCAAUGAGCCCAAUUCUACUUAUUCACCAGUGACCUGCUAUGGCUGCUCCUCUUCGGUCUCCUGGGAUGCCUGUGCAAACACCACAAUGGUAUGUCCGGCUUCGACCCCCAUGUGUGUGACGACGCUGACGUACUCCUCCGGCGCCUUCUUCUAUCAGCGGACUUGUGCAGCUCCGGAAAGCUGCAAUGUGAAUGCAUCUGUGAGCUACGGAUAUGGAAAUCAAGUGUGGCUAUCAGAGUGCUGUGCGACGGAUCUUUGUAACGCUAACAACGUUAAUGUUUCCACCGAUCCAAAUGGCUUGGUGUGCUGCACCGGAAGUGACGCCAGCUGCCAGAACACGGUGAACUGCACCGGACCCCAAGACUCCUGCUUCAGCUCGGAUGACCUGUUAGGAGGGACAUCAUACAGAGGAUGUGCUUCACAAAGCAUCUGUGACAAUCAAUAUAGCGCCCAUCAUCUGCCCGUCUCCACAUCACAGAUCAGCUGCUGUCAGGGCAGCCUGUGCAACAAACCCAAUGUUACACUGACCUGCAACAGCUGCUCAUCCAACUCCUGGAGCUCCUGUGUCAGCCGGCCCGUUUCCUGCAGUCCUCAGUACCCCGUGUGUGCCAUCUACUUGGAGUCGACUAUUUUUAAUGGGAACACGAUGAACGUUUUCCACAGACAGUGUUCAUCGAUCGAGCAGUGCAACAUGACCAUAUCAUACGAUGUCGGCUAUGGCAGUUCUGUCUUUAUCACGCAGUGCUGCUCGAGCAACUUGUGCAACACUGAAAACAUCACCCUAUUGAGUGACCUGAAUGGCCUGACCUGCUGCACUGGAAACAAUGGGAGCUGCCAGAGCAUAAUGAACUGCACUGGAACACUGGACCACUGCAUCACCUACAACACCGGAUAUUCUGUCAUAAGUGGCUGUGCCUCACAAAGCUUCUGUGACACUUUACAAAAUGGAACUUCUUGCUGUCAAGGAAAUCUCUGCAAUCAGCCAAACCAGACAUCCUCGCUGAGCUGCUAUCAAUGUUUGACCACAAACUCGUGGAGCUCCUGUGAUGGCCUACAGCUACCGUCUUCAUGCCCUUCAACUUCGAUGCAGUGUGGAGCUGCAGCCGUUCAAGCUGUUCAGGGUUCCUUCAACCAGACUCUGUACAUUUGGUCCUGCAUGGAUCCAGCCUACUGUAACAUCUUGAUGUCCGUGAGCACCGGAGAAUUCAGUGCUGUCUCAAAUUCAGUUUGCUGCUCCUCAGACCUCUGCAACCACCAGACAAUCGAAGCAGUAAAUCAGAUGUCUACAAAUGGCCUGCAGUGCUACGGGGGAACAAGCAACACCCAGAAUGUCCUGUCGUGUCGGGGCACCGAGGACCACUGCUUCACUGUGGGAGUUCAAGGCCUUGGCGUGGUCCGUGGCUGUGCCUCCAGCAGUGCCUGUCUCAACGUGAACAGAGUUGCGGCCUACUUGGGCAUCACCACAACCUCCUCAGAUGCCAGUUGCUGCCAAGGAGCCUUCUGCAACAAUGCCACCUACAAUUUUAAUGUCAGAUGCUAUGACUGCCAGUCCUCGGCUUCCUGGGAAUCCUGCGGAAACAACAUUAAAUCGUGCAGCUCUGUCAAUGCCACUUGUGCGAUGAUUCUGAAUGUCUACGCAUCAGAUUUUGGCGUUUUUAGUGUGUUCAAACGGUCCUGUGAGACUCCAGACAGAUGUAACAUGAGUGAGUCGACUAAUUACGGCCAUGGGAGUAACGUGUGGACUACGCUGUGCUGCACCGCCGACCUCUGCAAUGCCGGAGCAGUGAACACGUCUAGCAUACCAAAUGGGCUCACCUGCUGUGCGUCGACCGACGGCUCCUGUCAGACAACAGUGGCGUGCACAGGAAUCGAAGACCACUGCUUCUCAUCAGUUUUAGGAACCAAUGUCUAUAUGGGAUGCACUUCACAAAGCGUCUGCAGCAAUCCAGCAAAUUCCUUAACCAUCCAGCAAUUCACGUUUAUUUCUGGAAUCACCUGCUGUCAAGGCAACUAUUGCAAUAAUCAAAACCCCUUAAUCUGUAACCAGUGUAAUUCCACAUCAUGGGAAAUAUGUGGAAAUGAUACGGUUGUGUGUGCCCAGGAUCAGCAGUACUGCCUCUCGGCUCUCAGUUUGGUGGAAUCUGCUUCUAUCAACACAACAACAUAUCUGAGGUCCUGUGGGUCUGCCAUGGGCUGUAACCAAAGCAUGUCCUUCACCUCGGACAGUCAGAGCCAAAUGUGGAUUUCAGAAUGCUGCACCACUGACCUCUGCAACACUCAACAAGUUCAGGCCAACGUGUCCUCAAGUCUCAACGGACUGGUGUGUUGUGGGGGAACGGAUGCAGUGUGCAACAAAAUGGUGGAGUGUACUGGGGACCAGACGUUCUGCUUCACUUCAAGUGCUGCCCUCUCUGGAUGUGUCACGGCUGAUCUUUGCUCAUUGCCAGGCUAUUCGUGCUGCCAAGGAAAUCUGUGCAACACUCCUGCAAACUACAGCGAGUUGGCCUUCUGCUAUCAUUGUUACUCCAAUUCAUCCUGGCAAACCUGUGAAAGCAGCGCCUUGUGGUGUGGGUCCCCAAGCUCAAAAUGUGCCACGGGUCUGGAGGUGCAAACCUUGGGUUUCACCUCAUCCUACGCUUAUCAACGCUUCUGUGCACCCCAGGACAGCUGCAACGUGAGCUUCUCAGUCAACUCAGGUAACGGGACGAAGACGACAAUAACGCAGUGCUGUGAAUCAAGUCUGUGCAACACAGAAACAGUCGGCCUCUCGAGUGACCCCAAUGGUUUGGUGUGCUGCGCAGGAGCAGACGGAAGUUGCCAGAACACGGUCAACUGUACGGGACUCCAAGACCAGUGCUUCACUGCAGGUGAUGUCGGAGUUUACCUGAGAGGAUGUGCAUCUGGGAGCGUCUGCUUGAAUCCCACUAAUGCCAGUGAGGCCUUACAAAUGAAUCUGAGUGCACAGAUGACCUGCUGUGUAGGAAACCUCUGCAACAGACCCUAUGCCACCUUGAGAUGUUAUUCCUGCUCUUCUCCAUAUUCCUGGGAACAAUGUCAAAGCUCGACAACCCCUUGUAACUUCCAGUCCUAUACCUGCGCCUCCGUUUGGUCCUCUGGAUACAAUGGAAGUAUCGGAACGUUCUUUUACAGGAAUUGUGUACUCGCAGACCUCAUCACCCUGAGUGUGAGCGUUAACUAUGGACUUGGGAGUUACAGUAUGAUUUCGCAGAGCUGCAGUACCGACCUGUGCAACACACAACAAGUGAACGUUUCCAGUGAUCCAAACGGACUAGUCUGCUGUACUGGGAACAACUGGAGCUGCCAAAAAACCAUCAACUGCUCCGGCAUUCAGGACCACUGCUUCAAUUCAGCUAAUGGCCAGCAGGUCUUCAGCGGCUGCAUAUCCAGAAGUGUCUGUGAGAACCCGAUGACCUCAGGCUACAUUUUGCCCAUUCCUCUUGGUUCCACCAUUUCCUGCUGUCAAGGCUUCCUCUGUAAUCAAAUCUCCUUUAACAUUUCUGGACUCCUGAAUGGCCUGGUUUGCUGCACAGGGACGGACCAGACAUGCCAGAACACGGUGAACUGCACUGGCAUCCAAGACCGCUGCUUCAUAUCAGUGAAUGGGUCCAUCGUGUCCAGGGGAUGCACUUCACAAAGCGCUUGUGGCACAGCCCUCGGCCCACUCUCGUCAUGUUGUCAAGGAAACCUCUGCAAUCAGCUGAGUACAGCCUUACAGUGCAAUCAAUGCUCUUCGCCUUAUUCGUGGGGCUCCUGCAACGGCACCAGCCAAGUCUGCUCUUCCCAAGAUUCCAUGUGUGCUUCCGUGGCUCAGUCCACUUCUUUUAACUGUACAGCCUUACAGUGCAAUCAAUGCUCUUCGCCUUAUUCGUGGGGCUCCUGCAACGGCACCAGCCAAGUCUGCUCUUCCCAAGAUUCCAUGUGUGCUUCCGUGGCUCAGUCCACUUCUUUUAACUAUUAUUAUUCGACGAGUAACUUCCAACGGUACUGUGCUGCCCCCUCGAGCUGCGACAUCAGCGUGGCUGUGAACUUUGGCUCUUUCAGUAGCACGUGGAUGUCAAAGUGCUGCGUCUCUGAUUUGUGCAACAACAACACUGUUAACGUGUCCAACAUUCCCAAUGGACUUGUGUGCUGCGGUGGAACUGGUGGCUUCUGUCAGACUCUUCUGAACUGCGUGGAUGAUGAAGAUCACUGCAUCACAUCAGUUACAGGUUGGACUCAGUCCAUGGGAUGUUCUUCAAGAUGGGUCUGUGACAAUCCCGCAAACGCAAGUGCCAUUUUGAACUACAACGUUGGUCUGCCCGUCAGCUGCUGCCAAGGGAACUUCUGCAACAAACCAAAUAACACAUUUAUCUGCAGCAGCUGCUACUCUUCUGACUCGUCAUAUGAGUGCCCAGGCAGUUCCACCGUCUGCAGUGCUCCAGAUUCUUGUGUGUCGUCUGUUUUUAUCUCCACUCAAUACUAUUAUAACAGUUUCACACUUCAGAGGUCCUGCUCAGUGCCAACUCCGUACACCUGUAACACGAGUGCCUCCAUUAAUUACGGGCAAGGGAGUGUGACACAAAUCUCAAAGUGCUGCAACUCGGAUUUCUGCAACGCAGAUAAAGUGAACAUAUCGAACAACUUUAAUGGGCUGGUGUGCUGCGUGGGGACAGAUGGCACCUGCCAGAACACCGUGAGUUGUACUGGUGGGCAAGACCACUGCUUCAGCUCAGGUCCCGGACCACUCAGAUACAUGGGAUGUGCCUCAAGGAGCAUCUGUGAAAAUCCAAGUUACUUGAGCUCCGCCUUACGGGUCUACUCAUUCUCGAACAUCACGUGCUGUCAAGGAAACCUCUGCAACAGGCCGAUUUCCAGCCUGGUCUGCCCUUCCUGCUUCUCUGAUAAUCUGAAUAACUGUCAAGACUCCUUCGAUGUGUGCAACCCUCAGUACACAACCUGCACAACAGUGUCUGGCCAGGACAUUUUAGGUGGAUCUUCCCACAACUACAUUCAGCAGUACUGCACCAUUCCUGACAGCUGCAAUGAGACGACCUCCAUCAACUUUGGACAGGGCAGCAUUGUCCGGACCACCGAGUGCUGCGACACAGACUUCUGUUAUGCCUCAGCGAUUCCAGUGCUAGGAAAUGUCUCCUUGCCUUCAAAUGAACUGACAUGCUGUGCAGGAACAGACGGCACGUGCGGGAGCCGAGUUCAAUGUGCCGGCGUUGAAGACCACUGCUUCACGGCCCCAUACAGCGCAUCUCUGAUUUACAUGGGGUGUUGUUCGAGUUAUUUCUGCCAGAAUUGCCGAUUUAACUGCUGCCAAGGGAGCUUCUGCAACAACCCCGAAUCUGAGCCUGUCACAAAUUUGACUGCUGAGAAUGUCACUUCAACAUCCUUCACCUUACGAUGGACGCUGCCCAAACCCAAUGUCACCUUCGCCAGGGUUAAAGUUUUUGAAGCCACAGGAGCCCCCGUUUCUGAUGUCACGGUGAAUUCUGAAGUUUUCUUUGUAAGCGGGUUGACUCCUGGCAGUAACUACACAGUGCAGGUGUCAGCUGUGGAUGGGGACAACAGCACAAUUGCCAGCGCGGCGACACUUACAGUUUUCACAAAACCCGCUCCAGUGAUCGGUUUAAAUGCCACUGCAGUGACAUCGACAUCAACAUUCCUAACGUGGACCCUGGCCAGUGGCGCUGCUUCCAGCUUCAGGAUUGUAAUUGAAGAAAAUCCGAACUCCAUGUCAGUGAACACGACAUUUGUAAAUGUAACGGGCCUGCUGCCGCUGAGCUCAUAUACCAUCUGGAUAUCUGCAGUCAGUGGAGAUGGAAGUGAAGGUGAUGCUGCGUCCAUCUCCAUAUUUACACCUGGGGUCUCUCUGAGGUACCAAAUGGUGCUUUUCACUUCUGCUGGACUCGACCUCAACACAAAAUCACUCGUCAUUCAGCAGGUGAGCACAUUUCUUCAUGGUUACCUGAAUGAAAGCUCAUUUUCAGCUUCCUGGAAAGAUGAAUGAAGUGUAAAGUCUCCACAUGAGUGAUGUUCUGAGGAGUUGACCAAAGCUGAGCACAUCCUCAAGGAGCAACGCCACCUGUCAGGAUUCACUGGCUCUUUGAUCUCCAUGUCCCUGACCUUCAGAGUCCCAGUGGGAUUCAUGACUGGUAACUGCUCAGCUUCCAAUGUACGACAUGAACUCAAACUUCUGAGCCUUUAAAGGCGCUAUAGUGCCCUCUUAAUUGUGUUUUCUGUAUUUUCUCAGUCUUUGCUUUGCUCAAAUUUGGUUUGGUUAUUUGGUUUUGUAUUCUGUGGCUGCUGGUGGUUGUGUGCGAUCUUAGGAUCUGAUUCUGUUAUAUACGUACAUAAGAUAAUAAAGUUUCAA